AUGGCGGGGGCCCACGGCGAGAAGUCCCCACCCGGCCUGAGCCGCCCCCCCAAACCCGGGGGCGCGGGCACCGGGCGGGGGCCCGGCCUGUGCCGGGGCGAGAUCGAGUUCGGGGGGUCUGGGAAGAAGCGAGGCCGGUUCGUGAAGGUGCCGAGCAGCGUGGCCCCGGCCGUGCUCUUCGACCUCCUGACGGCCGAGUGGCACCUGCCGGCGCCGCACCUGGUGGUGUCCCUGGUGGGCACCGAGCGGCCCGAGGCCAUGAAGUCCUGGCUGCGUGACGUGCUGCGCAAGGGGCUGGUGAAGGCAGCCCAGAGCACGGGCGCCUGGAUCCUGACCAGCGGGCUCCGCGUGGGCCUCGCCCGGCACGUGGGGCAGGCGGUGCGGGACCAGGCGCUGGCCAGCACGUCCGCCGAGGCCCGCGUGGUGGCCGUGGCCUUCGCCUCGCUGGGCCGCGUGCUGCACCGCCAGCUGCUGGACCAGGCCCCGGAGCACAGCCCCGUCCACUACCCCGCGGACGAGGGCGGCGGCCAAGGCCCCCUCUGCGCGCUGGACAACAGCCUCUCCCACUUCGUGCUGGUGGAGCCGGACGCGCCCGGCUCCGGGGACGGGGCCAUGGAGCUGUGGCUGAGGCUGGAGAAGCACAUCUCGGAGCAGAGGACGGGCUAUGGGGGCACCGGCAGCAUCCAGAUCCCCGUGCUCUGCCUGCUGGUCAACGGGGACCCCAGCGCCCUGGAGAGGAUGGCGCGGGCCGUGGAGCAGGCCGCCCCCUGGCUGGUGCUGGCGGGCUCGGGCGGCAUCGCCGACGUGCUGGCCGCCGCGCUGGCCCAGCCGCACCUGCUGGUGCCCCAGGUGGCCGAGAAGCAGCUGCGGGAGAAGUUCCCGGGCGAGCACUUCUCCUGGGAGGACGUGCUGCACUGGACCAAGCUGCUGCAGUGCAUUGCCUCGCACCCGCACCUGCUCACCGUGCACGACUUUGAGCAGGAGGGCUCCGCGGAGCUGGACACGGCCAUCCUCAAGGCGCUGGUGAAAGCCUGCAAGAGCCACAGCCAGCAGGCGCAGGACUACCUGGACGAGCUGAAGCUGGCCGUGGCCUGGGACCGUGUGGACAUCGCCAGGAGUGAGAUCUUCAACGGCGACGUGGAGUGGAAGUCCUGCGACCUGGAGGAGGCCAUGAUGGACGCGCUGGUGAGCGACAAGCCGGAGUUCGUGCGGCUGUUCGUGGACCACGGCGCGGACGUGGCCGACUUCCUGACGUACGGGCGGCUGCAGCAGCUGUACCGGGCCGUGCCGCCCAAGAGCCUGCUCUUCUCGCUGCUGCAGCGCAAGCUGGAGGAGGGCCGGCCGGCGCUGCCCGCCCAGGGGCCGCCCCCGGGGCCGCCCGCCUUCUCGCUGCAGGAGGUGGCCCGCGUGCUCAAGGACUUCCUGCACGACGCCUGCCGCGGGCUCUACCAGGGAGGGGCCCCGGCCCGUCGGCCUGCCGGCCAGAGGUGGCAGCUGGACCUGAGCCAGCGGAGCGAGAACCCGUGGCGGGACCUGUUCCUGUGGGCCGUGCUGCAGAACCGCCACGAGAUGGCCACCUACUUCUGGGCCAUGGGCCAGGAGGGCGUGGCCACCGCUCUGGCCGCCUGCAAGAUCCUCCGCGAGAUGGCGCACCUGGAGGCGGAGGCGGAGGCGGACCGCGGCUCCCGAGGGGCGUCCUACGAGCAGCUGGCCCUGGGCCUCUUCUCCGAGUGCUACCACAACAGCGAGGACCGGGCCUUCGCCCUGCUAGUGCGCCGCACCCGCUCCUGGAGCCGCACCACCUGCCUGCACCUGGCCACCGAGGCCGACACCAAGGCCUUCUUCGCCCACGAAGGCGUGCAGGCCUUCCUGACCAAGAUCUGGUGGGGGGACAUGGCCGCGGGCACGCCGGUGCUGCGGCUGCUGGGCACCUUCCUGUGCCCGGGGCUGCUCUACACCGGCCUCAUCGCCUUCAGCCAGGAGGCCCCGCAGCGGCCGGGCCGGGAGGACCUGCGGGAGCUGGACAGCCUGGACGCGGAGGAGAAGAGCCUGCUGGGCGGCCCGGGCGGGGAGCCGGCGGAGCCUCGGAGGACGCAGGGCGGCCGGGACCGGCGAGCGGCCUUCCUGCCCGCACGCUGGCGGCAGUUCUGGGGCGCCCCCGUGACCGUGUUCCUGGGGAACGUGCUCAUGUACUUCGCCUUCCUCUUCCUGUUCACCUACGUCCUGCUGGUGGACUUCCGGCCGCCCCCCCAGGGGCCGUCGGGGCCUGAGGUCACCCUGUACUUCUGGGUCUUCACCCUCGUGCUGGAGGAGGUCCGGCAGGGCUUCUUCACGGACGAGGACACGCAGCUGGGGAAGCAGCUCACGCUCUACGUGGAGGACAACUGGAACAAGUGUGACAUGGUGGCCAUUUUCCUGUUCGUCGUGGGCGUCACCUGCAGGAUGCUGCCCAUGGCGUUCGAGGCUGGCCGCGCCGUCCUCGCCAUCGACUUCAUGGUGUUCACGCUCCGCCUCAUCCACAUCUUCGCCAUCCACAAGCAGCUGGGCCCCAAGAUCAUCAUCGUGGAGCGAAUGAUGAAGGAUGUCUUCUUCUUCCUCUUCUUCCUGAGUGUGUGGCUGGUGGCCUACGGCGUGGCCACCCAGGCGCUGCUGCACCCGCACGACAGGCGCCUGGAGUGGGUGUUCCGCCGUGUGCUCUACCGGCCCUACCUGCAGAUCUUCGGGCAGAUCCCCCUGGACGAGAUCGACGAGGCCCGCGUGAACUGCUCGGCCCACCCACUGAUGUCCGAGGGCUCCCCCGCCUGCCCCAACCUCUACGCAAACUGGCUGGUCAUCCUGCUGCUCAUCACUUUCCUGCUGGUCACCAACGUGCUGCUCAUGAACCUGCUCAUCGCCAUGUUCAGCUCCACCUUCCAGAUGGUGCAGGGCAACGCGGACACCUUCUGGCGGUUCCAGCGCUACCACCUCAUUGUGGAGUACCAGGAGCGCCCCGCCCUGGCCCCGCCCUUCAUCCUGCUCAGCCACCUGGGCCUGGCGCUGCAGAGGGCCUUCCGCAAGGAGGCGGGGCAGAAGCGGGCACGCCUGGAGAGAGACCUGCCGGAGCCCCUGGACCAGAAGAUGGUGACGUGGGAGGCGGUGCAGAAGGAGAGCUACCUGAGCAAGCUGGAGCGGAGCCGGCGAGACAGCGAGGCCGAGGUGCUGCGGAGGACCGCCCACAGGGUGGAGGUCAUCGCCAAGCAGCUCGGGGGGCUGAGAGAGCAAGAGAAGCGCAUCCGGGGCCUGGAGUCACAGGUCAACUACUGCACGGUGCUCCUGGCCUCCGUGGCCGACAGGCUGCCCCCGGGCAGUGGCCAGCACAACUCCUGGAACGUGGCCGUGGGGAGCCGGCAGGCCCCCGCUGAGCGUGGAGGGGGCCGGGGGGCAGAGGCCACCCAGAGGCCAGCCCGCCGCCCUCGGACACCUGA